UGAGCCCGCGUCCCGCUGCGCCAGGCCCCGCGGCAGGAUGCGCGCCCCGCCGCUGCCGCUGCUGCUGCUGCUGCUGCUGCUGGCCGCCUGCGGGCCGCCGCCCUGCGCCGCGGCCGCCCCGACGCCCCCAGGCUGGGAGCCGGCGGCCGACGCGCCCUGGUGCCCCUACAAGGUGCUGCCCGAGGACGCCGAGGCGGGCGCCGGGCGCCUGUGCUUCCGCAGCCCCGUGCGCGGCUUCCGCUGCCAGGAGCCCGGCUGCGCGGUGCACACCGCGGCCGGCCACUCGCUGCGCGCCAGCGUCCUGCGCAACCGCAGCGUGUUGGUGCAGUGGCGCCUGCCGCCGGCCCGGGCGCGCCGCGUGCGCGCCUUCAUGCUCGACUGCUCGUGGCGCGGCGCCUACACGCGCUUCCCCUGCGAGCGCGUGCUGCUCGGCGCCUCCUGCCGGGACUACCUGCUGCCCGACGUGCACGAGGGCGUGCGCUACCACCUGUGCCUGCAGCCGCUGCCGCUGCACGCCGAGCACGCCGCCGCCGAGGCCUUCGGGCCCGCGGAGUGUGUGGAGUUCGUCGCGGAGCCGGCCGGCAUGCGGGACAUCGUGGUGGCCAUGACGGCGGUGGGCGGCUCCAUCUGCGUCAUGCUCGUGGUCAUCUGCCUGCUCGUGGCCUACAUCACGGAGAACCUCAUGCACCCGGCCUUCGGGCGCCCGGGCCUGCGCAGGCAGCCGUGAGCCGGAGGCGGCCGCGGGCGCUCUGUCUACCGACCAGUGCGUGCGUGCGAGGCCUCAGCCCGCCCUGCCCUCCGUUCCUGCUCCCUCCCUAGGCUGUCCGCGCAGGGCCCGCUGGAGAUGGAGAGGGCGCAGGCCUGCGCCAGGACCUUGGAGUCAUCCCACCACUUCGCCAGCCAGCUGUCCGCUUCCCAGAAUCCAGUUCGAGACUGGCCCUUGGGCCUGUGGAGGGGUGCGGGCCGCAACCAGGGCCCUUCCCCUUCUCCAGAGGCCUUUGUAGGGACUGUCAGGACAUGGAGCGCCUUGUAGCCAGAGCCAUUGGCACCCCGGGUCGUCGCCUGCACCUCCAGCCUGUGCCAAGUUGGAAAACCCAGGCCGUCUUCAUUGCUUGGUUCCUGUGCGCUUUGCUGCUCCAGGCCCCCUUGGACCUUGUCCUCCUCCACCCCACCCCGUGGGCUUAGGUUAGCCUUGUGCCUUAGUCUCCCCGGCCCAGUGUGGGAGCCAGCCACGCCUUCCCGUGCAGUCCAAGCGGAUCUGUGGUCCCCAGAUUGGCGGGCUGGGCUGUGUGCGCUUUGGGCCAGAGUCCCCCUGGUUACCCCCCUUCAAGCUGUGCAGGAGCCUCGUAAACAGUGCUCCACGGUGUGUCCCUGCGGGGGUGUCUGCCCAGCUGGGAGCCGGGGUGCGGUUCAGCAGGUGGGGCCUGGCCUCCAGCUGCUCAGGGGUGAGUUCCUCUGACCUUAGGGGGAAGCUGGCAGUUCUCCAGGCGGGGAGCCCCCCUUUUCGUUUUGCAGUGCUGCCUCUGAUGAGGACUUCCUGUGGUAAGUGUGGGCAGAUGGCUGGGAAGAAGGGGCCUGGUCUGAAGGGGCAGCAUUGGGUCCGGAAGGCAGACUAGGUGCCAGCCUUGCCCAGCUGGACCUUGCACUGUGGUCUGGAUCCCAAGCCGCCACCACAGCAUGACCGACAGGACGCCCCACCUCCUUCUGCGCUGGGGCCGGGAGCCCAGGAUUGGCCAGGGAUGCUGCUGCCCACACACCCGCUGUGGCCGGAAGGCUGGCCGGGCCCCUCUCCAGGCAGACCCGCGCGCCCUCGCUGAGGCUUCUUCCUGCGCUGACCACCUGGCAGUGCCCGGUGCCAGGAGGGGUGCGGCGUGCCUGCCCUCCGCGUGAGCCCCUGACUGUGACCACCUGGAUCUGGCACUUCUGGAGUCACUGUGGCUAACCCUUCUCCCCCUUGCCCUCGCCCCAGCGGCUACCAGCAACCCCAGGCGCUGGCUGGUGCCCCCACAGUGCCCGCUCCCUACCUCUGCCUUCGCUCUGCCCGCCCCUGGUGUGCUGCUGGUCAGGUGUGAGCCUGGUGCCAGCGUCUAAAUGUCCAUCGUCCUUAGACUCAAA